GGAAUCCUAGAAGCCCUUCCGAGGGACACCCCUCCAGAGACCCCCAGGAAGAGAUCACCACAAACACAGGUGCAGGAGCCCUCAUGGAGCCCCCAGGCAAGCAGCACUUGCAGCAACCCCCCUCAGAAGAGGCCCUGCCUGAGCACUCAGGCCUUGAGGCGGCUCCCAGCACACAUAUUCUCUAUGUGGGCCACCUGAACCCCCAGUUCUCAGUGCCCGUGCUUGCCUGCCUGCUGCGAGACACCCUGGAGCGGCUGGAGCUGCCGGUGGCGCGGGAGCACAUUGAGGUGGUGAGGCGGCCACGGAAGGCCUAUGCACUGGUGCAAGUGGCCACCCAUGAGGACACCCUGGCCUCCCUCCCCAGGCGCCUGCAAGCAGCCUUGGCAGAGCACCAGAUCCUCAAGGAGCUGGUGGCCCGCGGGAAGGAGCUGGUGUUGGGUAAGGGCCGAGGGCCCUCAACCCACAAAGAGGUAAGUGAGGAGCAGGAGGAGGACGGUGGCCCAAGCCCUGGCCCCAGCCCAGGCUCCAGCUUCCCACCAGCCCGGCUCACUGACACCCCUCCCACCCAGGCCCUGGCCCAGCGGUGGCGGAGUUCCUGGGGCCGGCCCAGUGGUGCACGCUCUGACAGCGCCAUCGUGCACCAGGAGAUCCUGGGCCAGGAGCGGCUCUUCCAGGGCACCUUCCUGGGCAGCGAGACGCGCAAUGUGGAGUUUAAGCGGGGCGGUGGCGAGUACCUAAGCCUGGCCUUCAAGCACCACCUGCGGCGCUACGUGUGCGCCUUCCUUAACAGCGAGGGCGGCAGCCUGUUCGUGGGCGUGGAGGACAGCGGCCUGGUGCAGGGCAUCCGCUGCAGCCACCAUGAUGAGGACCGCGUGCGCCUGCUGGUGGACUCCAUCCUGCAGGGCUUCAAGCCCCAGGUCUUCCCCCACGCCUACACACUCACCUUCAUCCCCGUGGUCAGCACCUCUGCCUCCAGCACCCCCCUCAAGGUGAUCCGCCUGAGCGUGCACGCCCCCAAGGCCCAGGCCGAGCUGCAGCUUUAUGAGACAGACCAGGGGGAGGUCUUCCUGCGGCGGGACGGGAGCACCCAGGGCCCACUGUCCGUCUGUGCCAUCCAGGAGUGGUGCAGGCAGAAGUGGAUGGCGGAGCUGAGCAAGCUGGAAGAGAGGGUGAAGGUGUUGACGGUGGAGAAGGAGCAGCUCCAGCAGGAGCUGCAGCGGCACAGGCCUGUCUCCUGCACCUGCUGCGUCCUGUGAGGGCCCCAGCGGGCAGGCGAGGGUGGGGCGGGGGAGCCCACGCUUAGCCUGGGAGAUGCAGCGGUUUCCUAGUUGAGCCGAAGUCCUC